AUGAAAUUUGAUUUUAUUAGUUACAGUGACAUGGCAGAAAACAAAAAAUUAGAUGAUGACGUCGCCGUUGUCAUAGAUAAACCAGAUGAUGUAAAACUGCAGCGAUCUAUCGGUAUUGUAACCAGUAUCACCAUCAUAGUAGGAUCAAUGAUUGGCUCAGGAAUAUUUGUCAGUCCUACUGGUAUUUUAAUGAAUGUCGGAAGUAUAGGAGCUAGUCUAAUUAUAUGGGUUGCAUGCGGGAUCUUCAGUAUGCUCGGAGCGUACUGUUAUGCAGAACUUGGCACGAUAAUAGAGAGAUCUGGAGGGGAUUAUAUUUAUGUAUAUGAAGCAUUUGGACCAUUUAUUGGAUUUUUGCGUCUAUGGGUAGAAGUAAUGGUCGUAAGACCUGUGGCAAUCGCUAUUGUGGCUUUAACAUUUGGGGAAUAUGUCGUUGUACCUUUGUAUCCAGACUGUCCGCUGCCUGUUAUGUUGAUCAGGAUUUUAGCAGUUUUAUGUAUUACAUUUUUAAGCUUCGUCAAUUCCUUUUCAAUUAAAUUUUCAACAAGAAUACAAGAUAUAUUCACACUUGCUAAACUUGCUGCUCUUAUAAUGAUUAUAGUAACUGGAUUUGUACAAAUUGGAUUCGGUCGUUAUGAAGAGCUGAAAGAACCCUUUGUCGAUUCGAACUGGAACCCUGGUAAAAUAGCUAAUGCAUUUUACAGUGGAUUAUUUGCUUAUUCUGGCUGGAAUUACUUAAAUUGUAUGAUUGAAGAAAUGAAAAACCCCAGGAAACAUUUGCCCAUAGCAAUUGUGGUAUCAUGCUUAUUAGUGACUCUAGUUUACACAGCUGCUAAUGUAGCUUAUGUAACAGUUGUACCAGUUGCAGAGAUUUUGACCACAAGAGCUGUCGCUGUGACAUUUGCUGGUAGAAUAUACGGAAUGUUUUGGUGGAUAAUGCCGAUAUUUGUUGCUUGUUCAACGUUUGGUGGUGCCAAUGGAACUAUAUUAACUACAUCAAGAAUAUUUGUUGUUGCUAGUCAGCUUAAGCAAAUGCCAGCGUUUAUCAGUUAUUUACACACAGAUCGAUUAACACCUAUUCCGGCUGUUUUGUUCACUUGUAUUGUAUCAAUAAUUUACCUACUUGCUGGAGAUAUUUUCACCCUUAUGAAUUAUAUGGGUUUUGUUCAAUGGUUAGCAGUUGGUCUUUGUGUUUUGAUUGUAGUAAUUUUCAGAUUUACUCGUCGUAAUAUUCGACGUCCAGUUAAGGCUCCUAUAAUAUUUGCCAUUAUCUACUUAGUGGUUACUACAUCUCUGUUAAUUUUCUCCUUUUAUGGAUCACCUCAAGAAUCAUUAUAUGGUAUUUUGAUCAUUUUAACCGGUAUACCGGUUUAUAUACUCGGUUGUGCAUGGAGUCCUAAACCAAAAUCAUUUCAAGAAUCAAUGAUAAAUAUCACAAUUGGAUUACAAAAACUUUUCCGUAUUGUACCAUCUAGUUGA